AUGUCAUCCUAUCUGCCCUGGUACCUCUCGUACUCGCUCGCAGCCGGACUGGUCGCUGUGCUGAGUGGAGGAGCGCUCCUCUACCAUUACCAGUGCGAAAUCAUAUAUCCGGCCAACUUCCCAGAAGGCUCCAGGAGACUUGUCGCCAAGCCCUCCCAAUAUGGCUUACCCUACGAGGACUUGACUCUGACGACGCCCGACAAGGUGAAAAUCAAAGCCUACUUGAUCAAGCACCCCGACGACAAUGUUGCCCGCAAGAGACCUACCAUCAUGUACCUCCACGCAAAUGCAGGCAACAUGGGUCAUCGUCUGUCGAUUGCCGAUGUCUUCUACAAGGAGUUUGGCUGCAAUGUCUUUAUGCUCUCCUACCGCGGGUAUGGAUUGAGUGAAGGCAGCCCCUCCGAAAAGGGACUUCGUCUGGAUGCCCAGACGGCACUGGACUUCAUCAAGGCGCACCCAGUGAUCUCAGAGACAAAGUUGAUCGCAUACGGACAAUCGAUUGGAGGCGCAGUGUCGAUCGAUAUUGUUGCAAGGAACGAGGACAAAUUCUCGGGAUUGAUCAUCGAGAACACGUUCCUCAGUCUUCCCAAGCUUAUCCCCCACGUCCUCCCUAUGAUCAGCAAAGUGGUCUUCCUGUGCCACCAAGUUUGGAACUCUGAACAGAUGAUCCAGCAGAUUACCCGCUUGCCCGUCUUAUUCCUUUCAGGACGCAAGGACGAGCUCGUCCCACCUGUACAUAUGCAGGAGUUGCACCGUAUUCUCGAUACCACUGGCGAGUCCGUUUGGCGCGAGUUCCCUGAUGGAACUCAUAACGACACUUGUCUCAAGCCUGGGUACUUUGAGGCCAUCAAGGCCUUUUUGGAAGGGAUCAUGAUCAGUGUCGUCCGUAAAAGCUAA